UCCAUGAGGAGAAGGAGGAGCGCGCGCCAUUUGCCGUCGCUGCUUGGGCCCGAGCUGCGCCGCGCCGGCCACGCUCCGCUCCUGAAUUUUUUCCAGCAGCAUAAUAAAAUGGCUAAUCAGGUGAAUGGUAAUGCGGUACAGUUAAAAGAAGAGGAAGAACCAAUGGAUACUUCCAGUGUAACUCACACAGAACACUACAAGACACUGAUAGAGGCAGGCCUCCCACAGAAGGUGGCAGAAAGACUUGAUGAAAUAUUUCAGACAGGGUUGGUAGCUUAUGUCGAUCUUGAUGAAAGAGCAAUUGAUGCUCUUAGGGAAUUUAAUGAAGAAGGAGCCCUCUCUGUAUUACAGCAAUUUAAAGAAAGUGACCUGUCGCAUGUACAGAACAAAAGUGCAUUUUUAUGUGGAGUUAUGAAGACCUACAGGCAAAGAGAGAAACAAGGCAGCAAAGUGCAGGAAUCAACGAAGGGACCAGAUGAAGCAAAGAUUAAGGCUUUGCUAGAGCGGACUGGUUACACUUUGGAUGUAACUACAGGACAGAGGAAAUAUGGGGGUCCUCCUCCAGAUACUGUGUAUUCUGGUGUUCAGCCUGGCAUUGGAACAGAGGUUUUUGUUGGUAAAAUUCCCCGAGACCUUUACGAAGAUGAAUUGGUACCACUCUUUGAGAAGGCUGGUCCAAUUUGGGAUCUGCGUCUCAUGAUGGAUCCUCUUUCUGGUCAAAACAGAGGUUAUGCUUUCAUUACCUUUUGUAGUAAAGAUGCAGCACAAGAAGCAGUCAAACUGUGCGACAACUAUGAAAUCCGUCCUGGAAAGCACCUUGGAGUAUGCAUCUCCGUGGCAAACAACAGGUUAUUUGUUGGGUCAAUUCCAAAGAACAAAACUAAGGAAAACAUAUUGGAAGAGUUUGGUAAAGUCACAGAGGGUUUGGUGGAUGUAAUUUUGUAUCAUCAACCUGAUGAUAAAAAGAAGAAUCGAGGAUUCUGCUUCUUGGAAUAUGAGGAUCACAAGUCAGCAGCACAAGCUCGCCGACGCCUGAUGAGUGGGAAAGUAAAAGUCUGGGGAAAUGUUGUUACUGUGGAAUGGGCUGAUCCAGUAGAGGAACCUGAUCCAGAAGUCAUGGCAAAGGUUAAAGUUUUAUUUGUGAGAAACUUGGCCACUACUGUGACAGAAGAAAUUCUUGAGAAAUCCUUUUCUGAAUUUGGAAAGCUGGAAAGAGUAAAGAAAUUGAAGGAUUAUGCAUUUGUUCAUUUUGAGGACAGAGGUGCAGCAGUGAAGGCUAUGAAUGAAAUGAAUGGGAAAGAGAUAGAAGGGGAAGAAAUUGAAAUAGUAUUAGCAAAGCCACCGGAUAAGAAAAGGAAAGAACGUCAGGCUGCCAGACAGGCCUCCCGGAGCACUGCGUAUGAAGACUAUUAUUACUACCCUCCGCCUCGCAUGCCACCUCCUAUUAGAGGCCGAGGCCGUGGAGGAAGAGGUGGAUAUGGCUAUCCCCCAGAUUACUAUGGCUAUGAAGAUUAUUAUGAUGAUUACUAUGGCUAUGACUAUCAUGACUACCGUGGUGGCUAUGAAGAUCCCUAUUACGGCUAUGAUGAUGGCUAUGCUAUAAGAGGAAGAGGAGGAGGAGGAAGGGGUGGGAGAGGUGCCCCUCCACCACCUAGGGGGCGGGGAGCACCACCACCAAGAGGUAGAGCUGGCUACUCACAGAGGGGGGCACCCAUGGGACCGCCGAGAGGAGCCAGGGGGGGGAGAGGGGGCCCUGCGCAGCAGCAGAGAGGACGUGGUGCUCGUGGAGCCAGGGGCAACCGUGGGGGCAACGUAGGAGGCAAGAGAAAGGCAGAUGGGUACAACCAGCCCGAUUCCAAGCGCCGUCAGACCAACAACCAGCAGAACUGGGGCUCCCAACCCAUCGCUCAGCAGCCGCUCCAGCAAGGUGGUGACUAUGCCGGUAACUAUGGUUACAAUAAUGACAACCAGGAAUUUUAUCAGGAUACUUAUGGGCAACAGUGGAAGUAGACAAGUGAGGAGGGAUUGAGAAUAUUGGAAACAUAGAAUUGGCUAUAGCUCUACAUCUUAAAAAAAAAAAAAUUGGCUUAAUGUUUCAUCCUUCAGUAGCGAUUGGCUGCCAUUUGUAUUGGGCUGAAGAAUCACUCUAUUGUGUAUAUACUCGAGUCUCUUAGUUUUCUUUUUUCAUAAACGCACUUGGACAUUACUGGGCUUGCAGAAUUCCUGAACUCCAUAUGGGGUUUCAGCGCUUUUAUCAUUUUAGGCUUCAUUUUAGCAGUUUAAAAGCAGGAAUGGCACACUGUUCAAUCAUGAUUUUGCAGAACCUCUGGUUUUGGACAGUUUCUAUUUUUUUUUUUUAAUUUUUGGUUUUUUUUAUUUUUUUUUUUUUUGAUUUGGGAUAGACUACAUAGGAGUAUGCUGUACAUAAAAGUAAAAGCUAGUGCUUUGUCUUAGUAGUUUAAAGAAAUUACAACAAAUUAAGUUUUCUUGUAUUGAAAAUAACAUGAUUGUAUGUUUUGCAUUCCUAGAAGUAGGAUAACUGUGUUUUUAAAUUGUUAUAACUUCACACCUUUUUGAAAAUCUGCCCUACAAAAUUUGUUUGGCUUAAAACGUCAAAGCCGUGGCAAUUUGUUCCUUGAUGUGAUUGUAUUUCCAAUUUCUUGUUCAUGUAAGAUUUCAAUAAAACUCAAAAAUCUAUUCAAAACAUUA